GUGGGGGGCCCGUUUGGACAGCCAGCUGUCCUCUCUCUGCUUUUGGUGGUGGUGAUGUCCCUUGUCUGCUCAGCUGUAUCCAUAGAUGAGGAACAAAAGGAGCUGGUAAUGAAGGAGAAAAUGAUGCAGUUGGGGGAGGGGGGCGGCACGGGAAGGAGGGAGCUGGUGCUGAAGAAAGAAGAGGAGAUGGCUAAUAAGAGGCUCAUGAUCCUCAAAAAUGCUGAGAUGAAGCAGGCCAUGAAGUCCUGAAAGUUCCCACCCAGCAUGCACUUUUUCCAGGCCAAGAAUCUCAUUGACCUCCUAAAAAAUUUCACUCUGAUGACCAAGAAUCCCGAGGUGACUUAUACAAACCAAGAUAUUGUCUGGUCUAAGUUUGAAACCAUCUUUUUUACGAUCUCUGGUCUUGUUAACUAUGCACCAGUGUUUAGAGACUACAUCUUCCAGGGCCUGGAGGAGUUCUACCAGGACAAUGUGUUCUACCUGGAGCUCAGAGCCAUGUUGUUCCUGGUCUAUGAACUGAAUGGGAUGAUCCAUAACUAGGAGUGGGCAGCGAGGACCUACAGAGAAGUGGCUUGUAUGUUUGUGAAAAAGCAUCCUGGGUUUAUUGGAAUAAAAAUCACUUAUUCAGAGAGA